AUGCCGGUCCCUCGCGAGGAAUACCUCAGCUCGAUCUGGAAGGAUGGCAUCUUCGACAACAAGGUCCUAUUCUGCACUGGAGGCGCCGGCACGAUCUGCUCUAUGCAAGUCCGCGCCUUCGUGGCUCUAGGAGGAAACGCCUGUAUCAUCGGCCGCAAUGUUGAGAAGACGGAGAAAGGCGCAGAGGACAUCGCCACGGUCCGCCCUGGCUCCAAGGUCAUCGGCAUCGGCAACGUCGACGUACGAGAUCCUGCCGCACUCAAAGCAGCAGCAGACCGAUGCGCAAAGGAGCUCGGAGGCAUCGACUUCGCCAUCGCUGGAGCAGCUGGCAACUUCCUUGCGCCCAUCAAUCAACUCAGCUCAAAUGCGUUCAAGACGGUCAUGGACAUUGACGCGCUCGGAUCCUUCAUCACCGCCAAAGCCUGUCUACCUUAUCUAGUCGAGAGUGCUAAGAAGCACACGAACACGGGCAAGCAGUAUCCCAACGGGACUGGUGGAAGGAUGAUCUUCAUCAGCGCAAGCUUCCAUUUCGUUGGCAAGCCAAUGCAGGCGCACGUUAUGGCUGCCAAAGCUGCUGUGGAUCAGAUCUCGAACAGCAUCGCCAUCGAGUACGGACCCUAUGGCAUCACAUCCAACGUCAUCACGCCUGGCCCAAUCUCAGGAACGGAGGGCAUGGAGAGAUUAGGAAGGAGUGACCCGGAAAGCGUGAAGGCCAGCAAGAAGGGCAUUCCAUUAGGUCGGUGGGGCGAAGUGAAGGAGAUUGCUGAUGCGACUGUGUUUCUCUUCUCGGAGGCAGCCUCGUAUCAGAACGGGACGGUCAUGGUGGUAGAUGGGGGGCAAUGGAGGACGAGUGGGGCGUCGGAUGGGAGAGGAGCGUGGCAGUAUCCGGACUUCUUGAUGAGCGGGGAGUCUGUGACUGGAGUGAAAAUCCAGCAGACCUGCGCAACGCUCUCAGAGCUCGAGAAGGUGCUCAAGAAUGCCACUGAGGCGGCUCCAUACUCUACCGCCCCCGGUUGUACCAGCUGCGAGCUGUUCCUCGAAUCCACCGCCCUCAUACCUCUCCACCGACCCGUCAUAGGCCCCUACUCUGAAGGCGGCGAGCACGACAUCCCUUCCAAGUUCAAGACCCGUUGGGCCGACGCCGAAGAAGACCAACAAUAUGCCUUCAAAGGUGGCGAGCGUAAGCAACAGCCCAUAGCCACCGUCCAAGAAAUCGUCGACAUCUCCGACUCCGUGUCCCAAGCCAGCGUACAACGAGCCGCCUCUCGCGGCAUUCAAGCCGCUAUCGAAGCCGCAGAUUGGUUCCGCUACAGCUUCAACAACUCCUGGAGCGCGAAGAACGAGAAUGGGUUGCGCUUCUCGUAUAUAUGUCAGGACUCGUUGCAGAACAAGGACCGGCACGCGAACGGCGCGGCGAGGAAUCAAAUCGUGCCUCUAUCUGAGAGAGUGGAGGUCAGGAAGCAGACUUGGGAUUGCAAGGGGAGUAUCAGUGUGAAGUGUUGCCCAGAGAAGACGAGAAUCGAGGUGUCCUAUAAGCAUUUCGCUGUGCAUCCAACGUAUGCGGAGAGGAAGCCUGCGCCGCGGCGGAGCGGUGCUCGGAUGCAUAUGGGGUGUGCAGAGGGUGGUGUGGUGCAGCGGAUGGGUGGCGGAGGAGGAGACCGGCAGGAGAACGGCCUGGCGGGAGCGUUGCUGGACACGCAGGCUGCUUAUGGCGAGGCGUCGGCUGGGCUACCACCGAAUGUUGGGAAGAAGAGGAAACGGAUGACGUUUGGGGCCAACUAUGGCAAGCCACUCAUCAAUGACGAUCUAUCGCUGGCGGAGCUACUGAAACGUAGCGAGGACGCGAAAGUACCGCCCAAGCAGAGCACCCCCAAGCAGAACGCCAGCUUAGAUCCAGCUGGGAACGGUGGUGGAGUGCAAUAUGAUUUACCGUCCUGGGAGAAACCUCCUCUUGAACCACUUCAGCGGCCACUCCAGCGACCGGUCCAGACACCUCAGACCAACGACAAGCGUCCAUUACCAUAUCAACUACCUUACACACCCACGCAGCAGCACCAACAGCAACAUCACCCUCCUUGGCACUCCUAUCAACCAGCCCAAGCCAACCCACCAACUCACCCACCUUCUGAUCCAACACCUUCCCCAGCUUUCGUACCACAAGCCUUCUCAACUGAAAGAACCGCGCCACCCUCCAUACUGACCGCAAGGCUGGCUUCAGAACAGCACACGUCACCAUUCCCAGAGCCGACAUUUUUGACACUGAAGCCUGCUAGAGUACUCACUGGACCGAACGAUUUCCGCACGGAUUCAAGCUGGCCGGGACAGGGGGGGUGGCCUAAAGAGUCAUCGAGGGUGAUGGAGAGUCCAGCUCCAGCGCAGCAGCAGGCGCAGGCGUACCCGCAGAUGCAGGCGCUCGUGGAGAAGGAGCCGAGUCCUGAUCCGUGGUUUCUUAGUCGAUGA